CGGAAAGACGGCGUCCGGCCCGAGAAGAAGCUCCGAGGUCGGGGACUCCGGUCGGAACAACCCUCGUCGUUUCUGGCCUCCCCUUCCCGAGAGCUCCAUGGAGAAAAUGAAGCGGUUCAAGCGGCGUCUCUCUCAGACGUUAAGAGGGAGCCACACCAUCGACGAGUCGCUGUCAGAGCUGGCCGAGCAGAUGACCGUCGAGGAGAACGGUCUAAAGGACAACGCGGAGCCCAUCGUGAGGAAUGGCCGGCCCCCGUCGGCCCACAGCGUCCACUCCUUUCUGCACCAGUACGCGGGCUCCUUCAAAAAGCCGCCUCUGCGACGGCCUCAGAGCGUCAUCGGCGGGGGUCUCGGCUCGCUCAUGGCGAUGCCUCGCAACGGCAGUCGCCUCGAUAUCGUCCACGAGAACCUGAAGAUGGGGUCGGAUGGAGAGAGCGACCAAGCUUCUGGGACGUCCUCCGAUGAGGUGCAGUCACCGACUGGUGUUUGCUUAAGGAACAGAGGGAACCGCCGCAUCUCCGCUGAGGACCUGAACAAGCGCCUGUCCCUGCCAGCCGACAUCAGGAUACCCGACGGCUAUUUGGAGAAGUUGCAGCUGAGCAGCCCGUCCUUUGAUCAGCCGCUGAGCCGGCGCUCCCGACGGGCAUCGCUGUCCGAGAUUGGCUUUGGGAAGCUGGAGACCUACAUCAAACUGGACAAACUGGGAGAGGGCACCUACGCGACCGUCUUCAAGGGGCGGAGCAAACUGACGGACAACCUGGUGGCGCUCAAGGAGAUCAGGUUGGAGCACGAGGAGGGGGCGCCAUGCACGGCUAUCCGAGAAGUGUCACUACUGAAGGACCUGAAGCACGCCAACAUCGUGACGCUCCACGACAUCGUGCACACGGAGAAGUCGCUCACACUGGUCUUCGAGUACCUGGACAAAGACCUCAAGCAGUACAUGGAUGACUGUGGGAACAUCCUGAGCAUGCAAAAUGUCAAGAUUUUCCUCUUCCAGAUCCUGCGAGGCUUGGCCUACUGUCACCGGCGGAAAGUUCUCCAUCGAGACCUGAAGCCCCAAAAUCUACUCAUCAACGACCGGGGGGAGCUCAAACUGGCCGACUUUGGCCUGGCGAGGGCCAAGUCGGUGCCCACGAAGACGUACUCCAACGAGGUGGUCACGCUGUGGUAUCGGCCCCCCGACGUGCUGCUGGGAUCGUCCGAGUACUCCACGCAGAUAGACAUGUGGGGCGUGGGCUGCAUAUUCUACGAGAUGGCCGCAGGCCGGCCCCUGUUCCCGGGCUCCACGGUGGAGGAUGAGCUGCACCUCAUCUUCAGACUGCUAGGCACUCCCACAGAGGACAGCUGGCCCGGGAUAUCCUCCAUAGAGGAGUUCAAGUCCCACAAGUUCCCAAAGUACAAGACACAGCCGCUUAUUAACCACGCCCCCAGAUUGGACACGGACGGCAUCGACCUGCUGACGUCCUUCCUCAAGUUCGAGUCCAAAAAGAGGAUCUCUGCCGACGAAGCGAUGAGGCAGCCGUACUUCAGGAGCAUGGGGCCUCGCGUGCGCUCCCUGCCAGAGAACAUCUCCAUCUUCACGCUGAAGGAGGUCCAGCUGCAGAGAGACCCGGGCUGCAGGAACUCCUCGUACCCAGAGUCAGGCAACGGGAAGAGCCGAAGACAAAGCAUGCUGUUUUAGACUUUUUUUUUUUAUUGGAAAUGUGAGCUGUACAGUGACAUCGCUGGAUCAGUAACCAGGAGAUGGAGCAUCUUCACCCCCCCUUCCCAAGCAACCCCUCCCUUCCAGCAGGUUUGGCCUCCACAUGGCCCGACAGACAUUUCUACACCAUAUUUAUUAAGAAUGUGCUGCUAAGAUCCGACUACUGUUCUAGAAUCCUAACUGGCCUCAGUCACUUUAUCAAGAACAUGCAAUGUGUAUAGAUUUGUAAUCUUUUGAAGUGGUGACAUUUUUUUUGUUGUUGUUGUUGUUGUUUCUUUUUAAACUCCACAGAUGUUUUCAUUGCAGCUUGAGAGAGUGAGAGAGAGGGAGAAAAAAAAAAAAAAAGGUUUGGACUUUUUGUUGGCAAGAGAAGCUUCGAUGGUGACGGACGUGGGCGUAUCAUUCCAGGGCAUUAAACACUCAGAGGUACACCUUCA